AUGUCAUCAAUAACAUCAAGUAAUGUAAUAGAACCCGUGACCAUUUAUAUAAAAUCUGGGUAUUAUCCACUAAUUAACAAUUCACUUAAAUUCACAACAUGGACAUUUAAAAAUAGUAUAAUACCACGCCCUAUCACUUUGACAAAAUAUCCAAAUGAAGACCCGCCAGUUAUUACAGGUGGAGUCAAAAUACCAAUAUCUUCAUUUCGUUCUUUGAACUCGGAAACCGACAAAGUACAAUACGAAAAAAAUCAGACUUUAAAAAGGAAAAACAUCAAAGUGUGUGAUUUGGAUAAAUUGAACGACCAAAUCGACUUGGGUGUGUAUGAUGCAGAUUCAAAUUCUGAGAUCUAUGUCGACGACAAGCGUUUUCGUGUUGCUCGGUACCCAAAUUACGAGUACACAGACACUUCACAUCAAACCGAGAGAAUAUACAUUUUACCACCAUCAGACACAUCCGUUCAACUUACACCGAAUGUCACUGGUUAUUAUAUUCCAAGAAAAGAGGUUUUGUGUGGCAAUGAGACAACCUUUAAGAGUGAAAAGAGUGUGGAUGGGAAGUAUUAUUAUCUUUAUAAAAACGAUUCCAAUUACUGGACAUUGUCAACUCGAUCAGAUUGUGGUGUCCCAACACAGAGUGACGGGGCUUAUUUCACAGUCAAGCGAAGUGCAAUUGCGGGAGAAGUCAUUGCUGUUCAAGAGUCUGGAGCCAAGGGGAAUCCUGUUUUACAGCAACCCAAUUAUAUAUACAGAGGGAAUAUGUGGACUGCAUUUGCAUCAGAAAAGAUGGGGAAAACAUUUUAUUAUGCAAAUGAUAAAUUGGAUGAAUAUGCAAAAUACGACUCGGUGUGGAUGAGAGGGUAUUGGCUCAUAUUUUCACAAGACCAAGCAGUUAAAGGGAAUAUCGAUAAGAACAAUAGAACGGUAACUAUUGAUAGAAACAUGGGUGAUGCAAAUGACAAGGGAAUUAAUAGUGGCAUGCCUUUCUAUAUUUAUAACUUGAUAGAAGAGUUGGAUGAAGAGGGUGAGUAUUAUAUCGAUUAUACAGAAAAGAAAUUGUAUAUCUACUUACCUACUACAGUUGAUAAAGUGUGGAUAUCACAAAGCACUUCAUUGUUAAUUAAUGUCAACACAUUUAAUGGUUUAACUAUUCAAAAUAUUAUAUUUGAAUAUACACGAAAAGACAUGAUUAACAUCAAUUUAUCACGUGAUAUACUCAUCAAAAAUUGUAUUUUUAGACACUCGGGGUUGAAAGGUAUUUAUUUAUCAGGUAACCAUUCGACGAUCACUAACAACACUUUUUAUGAUAUUGGAGCGGAAGGUGUUUUUAUGAGAUGUGAUUUGUUGUUAUUAGUUUCAUAA